GAUUUACCCAAACAAAAAUUGGCAGAUGUUAUAGACGUGGAAGAUUAAAAUAUUUUAACUGGUAUCUUUAAAGAUUCCUUUCCAGUUCAUUUAUAAGAAGCAACAUGGGAGAGGCAACUGCUGAUUUAGAUUCACAGUCUGAUGAGUUUAAAGAAUUUUCAAAUUCUGAAGAUGUGAAGCCACUUCUAUCUACAGUAUUUUCAUCUUCUUCUGACAUAAAAACAGAAUUAUCAUUUUUAACUUUCCGUGAUAUCAAAAAUUCACAGGAUGAUAAAACCGUUGUUACGCCAGAUUUUUCAUCUUCUACAGACACAAAGUCAGAAUGUACAACAUUUUCCUCUUUUGAUGAUGUAAAACACCAUAUGACAUUUCUAACUUCUCAAGAUAAAACAACAGGAUUUUUAAUUUUUAAAGAUAUGGAACCUGCUGUAUCAGCAGUAUGUACAAGAUCUGAAGAUUUAAAACCAGAAUUAGCAAUUUUAUCAACUAGUGAAGAUAUAAAACCAGAAUUAGAAACUUUAUCAACCAACACAGAAUUAGAAAUUUUAUCAACUACUGAAGAUAUAAAUCCAGAAUUAGAAAAUAUAUCAUCUAGUGAAGAUCUAAAACGAGAAUUAGAAACUUUAUCAACUAGUGAAGAUAUAAUCCCAGAAUUAGAAACUUUAUCAACCAACAAAGAUUUAAAACCAGAUUUAUGGACAAAAUUUUUAGAUUCUGAGGACAAACAACAAAAUGGACUUAAAGAAAAGCUAAAACUCUCUGAAGAUGAAACAUAUCUGUCUGUUGAUCCUCAUGAUCAUCAUGAACAGUUUUUUCAAAGAUCUAACUUGAAUAAACAAGCUCAAGUAGGGGAGAGGCCACUUAAAUGUGAUGCUUGCAAAAAAACAUUUUCAGAUAGUUCUAGGUUAAGUAAACAUAAAAAAAUUCAUUCUGGAGAUAAGCCAUAUGAAUGUGAUGUUUGUCAUAAAAAGUUAUCUAAUAGUUCUGCUCUAAGCAACCACAAAAAAAUACAUUUACUAGUUAGACAUUAUGAAUGUGAUGUUUGUCACAAAAGGUUUUCAAGGAAUUCUUAUUUAGCGGAACACAAAAAAGUUCAUUCAGGAGAUAAGCCUCAUGAAUGUGAUGUUUGUCAUAAAAAGUUUUUUAAGAGUUCUAAUUUAUAUACACACAAAAGAGUUCAUUCAGGAGAAAAACCAUUUGAAUGUGAUGUUUGUCAUAAAAAGUUUUCUCAGAGUUCUAGUUUAAAUACACACAAAAGAGUUCAUUCAGGAGAUAAACCAUUUGAAUGUGAUGUUUGUCAUAAAAAGUUUUCUCAGAGUUGUAGUUUAUAUACACACAAACGUGUUCAUUCAGAAGAAAAACCAUUCGAAUGUGAUGUUUGUCAUAAAAAGUUUUCAUAUAAUUCUAAUUUUUAUGCACACAAACAAGUUCAUUCAGAAGAUAAACCAUUUGAAUGUGAUGUUUGUCAUAAAAAGUUUUCAUAUAAAACUACUUUAUAUGCACACAAACAAGUUCAUUCAGAAGAUAAACCAUUUGAAUGUGAUGUUUGUCAUAAAAAGUUUUCUCAGAGUUCUAGUUUAAAUAAACACAAAAGAGUUCAUUCAGGAGAUAAACCAUUUGAAUGUGAUGUUUGUCAUAAAAAGUUUUCUCAGAGUUCUAGUUUAUAUACACACAAACGUGUUCAUUCAGAAGAAAAACCAUUCGAAUGUGAUGUUUGUCAUAAAAAGUUUUCAUAUAAUUCUAAUUUUUAUGCACACAAACAAGUUCAUUCAGAAGAUAAACCAUUUGAAUGUGAUGUUUGUCAUAAAAAGUUUUCAUAUAGUUCUAGUUUAAGGAAACAUAGAAAAGUUCAUACUGUAGAUAAGCCAGAUGAAUGUAUUGAUUACAAUGUUUCUAAAAUAAAGCGGCUCCCGACAUAUUGGCACCCGAUAUAAGUGCUCAAGACAAAUGGGCUCCCGACAAAUCGGUUCACGACAUAUUGGCUACCGACAAAUGGGCUCCCGACAAAUUGGCUUUUAACAAAAUGACUACCGACAUAUUGGCUCCAGACCAAUGAAUGGCAAGACCACUAUUGGCAUAAAAGGAACGAUUUUGUCCUACCUCCAAUACCACUAUAUACUCUUUUAAAUGCCAGAAUGAAAUUGUUUUUCAUGAACCAACAUUAAUUCACAAAGGAGCCCUUAACAGCUAAAAAAGAUCUGUUGCUUAAAAGCGAGCACAGAAGUGUAAA